GCCCAUGUGUGUCAUCUGCUUCGUGAAGGCGCUGGUACACGUGUUCAAGAUCUACCUGACUGCCAACUACACCUACAACUUCCGGGGCUGGCCGGUGGACUUCCGCUGGGAUGACCCGCACGCCGCCGGUGGGGGCGGCAGUGGGCACCGUGCGUUGACUUGCGCGGCGGCUGCAGCGGGCGUGUGGCUGCUGCAGGGUGCGGCUCUGGGAGAGGACACGCGGGAGCGGCCCCCACGAGCCACACGCAGCCAGGUGCAAUGCCUCCUGCAGCAGAUCCGCGAGCUGCCUGGCCAGCUGGCCAGCUACGUGCUGGCCCACUCGCUGGGCCGCUGGCUGGUGUACCCCGGCUCCAUGGCACUCAUGACGCGCGCGCUGCUGCCGCUGCUGCAGCAGGGCCAGGCGCGCCUUGUGGAGCGCUAUCAAGGCCGGCGCGCCAAGCUGGUGGCCUGUGAUGGCAACGAGAUCGACACCAUGUUCAUGGAUCGCCGCCAGCAGCUGGGCAGCCACGGUCGCGGCCUGCACCUUGUGAUCUGCUGCGAAGGCAAUGCAGGCUUCUACGAGAUGGGCUGCCUGUCAGCGCCACUCGAGGCAGGCUACUCAGUGCUCGGCUGGAACCACCCAGGCUUCGGGGCCAGUACGGGCGCGCCCUUCCCGCAGCACGACGCCAACGCCAUGGACGUGGUGGUCCAGUACGCAUUGCACCGCCUGCACUUCCCGCCCGCGCGCGUGGUGGUCUACGGCUGGUCCAUCGGCGGCUUCACGGCCACCUGGGCCACCAUGACACACCCGGAUCUGGGUGCGCUGGUGCUCGACGCCACCUUCGACGACCUGGUGCCGCUGGCGCUGAAGGUCAUGCCCCACAGCUGGAAGGGGCUGGUGGUGCGCACCGUGCGCGAGCACUUCAACCUCAACGUGGCGGAGCAGCUGUGUUGCUACCCGGGGCCGGUGCUGCUCCUGCGGCGCACGCUGGAUGACGUGAUCAGCACGUCGGGCGCCCUGCGCCCCCUGCCGCCCGGCAACGUGCAGGGCAACCGCGGCAACGAGCUGCUGCUGCGCCUACUGCAGCACCGCUACCCCGCCGUGAUGGCUCGCGAGGGCCGCACCGCAGUCACCCGCUGGCUGCGGGCCGGCAGCCUGGCGCAGGAGGCUGCCCUCUACGCACGCUACCGCGUGGACGACGAGUGGUGCCUGGCCCUGCUGCGCUCCUACCGAUCGAGCUGCGAGGAACAGCUGGACGACCAGGAGGCCUGGGGGCCGCACGGGCUUGCCUUCCCCUGGCUCGUUGGCCAGGGUCUGAGCACGCGACGCCGCAGGCAGCUCGCGCUGUUCCUGGCUCGCAGGCACCUCAAGAACGUGGAGGCAACUCACUGCAGUCCGCUGGAACCGCAGGACUUUGAGCUGCCCUGGGCACUGUAGCCCGCUUCUCCAAGGCUCCCCUGUGCACACACUCCACGCGUGCCCUUUCUCACACUUCA